CGGCCAUUGACUGCGUCGCUAGUCGCUGUGCGUAAUCACUAUGCUUCCACUGCUAGUUGCUAACCAGCGGACCAGAUGCAGUAAGGAACAGCCGAUACUAGGGUUCAUACGCCGCCGAAUUUGAUGUUAGCGGAAUAAUAAAAGUUUGAUAAUUUCAAGCACCAUUCCAGUAAAUCAUGGCUGAACCAGAACUUCUGCUGGACUCCAACAUCCGCCUGUGGGUUGUGUUGCCCAUUGUGUUCAUCACUUUUCUCGUCGGGGUCAUUCGACAUUACGUCUCCAUCCUGUUACAGAGUGACAAGAAACUCUCACUGGAGCAGGUUUCAGACAGCCAGGUUCUCAUUAGGAGCAGAAUAUUAAGAGAAAAUGGAAAAUACAUUCCUAAACAGUCCUUCCUGAUGAGAAAAUUUUACUUCAAUAACCCAGAUGAUGGAUUCUUUAAAAAGACAAAAAGAAAAGUAGUGCCUCCUUCCCCCAUGACUGACCCAAGCAUGUUGACAGACAUGAUGAAAGGCAACGUUACAAAUGUUCUUCCUAUGAUCCUUAUUGGUGGUUGGAUCAACUGGACCUUUUCUGGGUUUGUUACAACUAAGGUACCGUUCCCUCUCACACUCCGUUUCAAGCCUAUGUUACAGCAAGGGAUAGAGUUGCUCUCGCUUGAUGCAUCCUGGGUUAGUUCAGCGUCCUGGUAUUUCUUGAAUGUAUUUGGACUGAGAAGCAUGUAUUCCUUGAUUCUUGGACAGGACAAUGGUGCAGAUCAGUCCCGUAUCAUGCAGGACCAGAUAAGUGGUGCUGCAAUGGCGAUGCCUGCUGACACAAACAAAGCAUUCAAGGCUGAAUGGGAAGCACUAGAGUUGACCGAUCACCAGUGGGCAUUAGAUGGUGUGGAGGAGGAUCUGAUGAGCAAGGACUUGGAUCUUUCUGGCAUGUUCAGUAAAGAUUUGCCUACAGGCAUUUUCUAAGGGCAUUAAAGGACAUCAAUGUAAAAUGUAAUGAUUAAAUUGUGUGGGCCGAAUUGAAACUAAUGGGACAAAACAUGGUAUUCUUGCAUAAACCUCACUGCAGACAUGUGCAUGUACUGUUCUCACUGAAUUUAUUUUGCUUUAUUUUGUUGGCUCUUUGGCUUAUCUAAAAAAGAUCUAGACUGCAUUUUAAAUAAAUCUUCAUUUUAUGUUACAUUUUAGUAAGACCUAUACAGUGGCCUGAGUGUACACUGUAAAGCUGCUUGCAUCAGUCAGCAUGGGUACAGGAUUAAUUUGAAGUAUGUUUUGUAUAACUGAAACCUCAAAAUGAACCAAUAAGCUUUGUAUCCAUAUAAUUCAGUUUAGUCUCAUGUCCCAGCAUAUUCAGAUGCCAUCAUUCCCUGAUCAACAUUAUAUAUGAUGAGUUUUUAUUCAUUUUAUUUGCCCAGAUGAUUAACAGGACCAUAGAUGAUUAAUAUUUAAAGAAAUUAUUAGGUAGAAUUUUGAAAAUGGACCAAUUGUCAUAUUAAGAGCUGUUGUUUAUUGAUUGUGACGAUUUUCAUCCAUUAUGAGGGUCAGUGUUAAGCUUAUUAUGAGAUUUCCUGCUUAAACAUCUAGACCUGGUAGUAAGCUUCAGUUGUGUUUGGGCAGAAAAUCCACUGUCCUCCACACCUGGAACAGAGGCGUCUUGAUAGAUUUGUUUUGAUUAUUUGGUAGUUUUCUAACAGAUGUUCCACCUUCUUGAUAAUACAUUGUUUUUGUUGUUUUUAUAUUAUUUAUUUGUUUUGUAACAUUCAUUUUUUUUUGUACUUGUAAGAAGUGCUCAUCCAUAAUAUAACUCAUUUCCUAAAGCAA